GAAGUCUGAGCAAUAAUCUUGUCUUGUUACGAAGUAGAGCACUAUUAUUAAGGUUAUAAACUUACAAAAUUCCACUUCCAUUCGAAUGAGUUAAAAAAAUUGUAAAUUUUGAAACUAACCAACCAAAAAUCAAUUAGCUUUAAUUAAUCCGAACACAAUGAGCGAUGAUGAUGAAGCCACCCAGGAAGCGGAGGAGAACUAUUAUGCCUUUUUGAAUCUUCCAAAAAAUGCCACAAGUGAGCAAAUUAAUGUUGCUUACAGAAAACUUAGUCGAAUCUAUCAUCCGGACAAGCAUGUGGACCCCAAUAGUAAACACAAAGCUGAAACGUUGUUCAACCGCACAAAACGGGCCUACGAAGUCCUCUCUGACCCGCAUAAACGUGCAAUAUAUGACUGCGUUGGGGAAAAGGGUCUAAAGACUGAUGGUUGGGAAAUUGUUCAUCGAACAAAAACUCCAGCCGAAAUCAGGGAAGAAUACGAGAGUCUAGCUAGGGCCCAAGAAGAACGAAAAUUGUUGCAGCGCACAAAUCCUAGGGGUAACAUUACUAUCAAUGUGAAUGCAACAGAACUGUUUGCGCCUUAUGACGAUGAUGAGAUUCCAAAGAUUGAAGUUUCGUCCAUGAGCAUUUCCCAAUCAAUUGAAGCGCCUAUCACCUUGAAGGAUACUGUUACAAUGUCUGGAAACUUACACUCAUCAAACGGCAUCGGAAGUGGAAAUUUUCUCAUAUCCGGACGCAGACUAAUCAAUAAAGGUUGGCUAGAACUUGACCUGGGCGCUGGAAACGGGCCGAUGGUUGGAUUCAAAGGAUCAAGGAAUUUAAGUCAAAAAAUAUUCUGCAAUGGAGGUUUAUCGUUGAAUUUUCAAGAGAGUGGUGCUAUUCCUACGUUUGUUAGCACUUUGGCAGUUCAACUAGACAAACACACUAUCGGUUACUUAACAUAUAAUGCAAGUACCCAGUCAUCGAUGUCAACCUCGAUUGAAAGUCAGAAUGAGAAGCAUGCAUGGAAUACGUCUGUGACGAUUGGUGUUCCACAUUGCUACUUAUCGGCAUCGUAUACCAGGAAAUUGGUUCAGUAUGAGCUUAAAUUAAAAGUGGCUGUAAAGGCUGGUACAUUUGGCUUCCUAACAGAGUGUGGCGCAGAAAAGAAAGUUUCAAAGUACAGUUCAGUUGUUGCCACAGUCUCAGUGGGUAGGCCGACUGGAGUUUUUUUGAGGCUAAAGCUCAUUCGCUCAAAUCAAACUUACGUUUUUCCAAUUCAUUUAAGCGAUGAAAUCGUUCCCGCUGCUAUUUUCUAUGCUACUAUUGCACCUGUUAUUACGUGGUUAUUAGUCAAAAAAACAAUUAUAGAUCCAAUGAAUCAAGAGCGGAAGAGUAUAGAAAUUCAAAAAUCUAAAAAAAACAAUGAACAUAGGCUUGCACUAAAGAAAGAAGAAGCUCGAGCGGCUGUCGAACUAAUGACACACACGUAUGAACGAAUUGUUUUGGAAGAAAACGAAAGACAAGGCCUUAUCAUUCUUAAAGCUGUUUAUGGUGCAUUUGACAAGGAGGAAGAUGAGUCGAGAAUUGAUGUAACGAUACCAGUGCAAUGUUUAGUAAAUACCAGUACAUUGCUUUUGUACAAUUCAACAAAGAGUGAACUUCCUGGUUUUUAUGAUCCUUGUAUUGGCGAAGAAAAAUCACUGCAUAUUGAGUAUUCUUACAAGAAUCAGCCACGUACAAUACUCGUCAAAGACACCGAAGUUGUUCGACUACCCUUAUUAGAAUAAUUGUCCUAGAAAUCAAAUUGACGAUAUUAAUCUGACCGGAGAUAAAAGCUUUCGCCUAUAAGUGUUAUUAAUUAGCUAUCUAUAAAUAGUAAUUUUUUAGCCUAAAUUUGUAUUACCUGAAGGAGUUCUAAAUUCUAACGCCCGCAUUCACUUUUCGUGAAUACAGCUGAGUUAGCUAUAUUAUAAAACACUUGAAAAUAAAAAAUGCAUCGUUCCAUUGGUUUGGUACUUUGCGCAAUGAA